GACCGUGUUGUUUACGAACCGACUGAAACACAGCAACCGGUUAACGACCCGGAAAGUACCCACAAAAUCACCGUAGUUCUUCUUCAACUCCAAGGACAUGGACAUCCUUUUUCUAAAAAGAAAAAACCCACCAACCAUUACCAUAUAAAUACAGCUUUAUCGUUUCCAGAAAAAAAAGAGUAGCGUUUCAUUUAUCAGCCUCAGGACUUGGUUUUUCCUUUUCGUGAUCCGACAAAAACAUUAUAAAGAAAAGUCUAGACAUUUAUUAGGUUUCUAUUACCAAAUCAAUAAAUAUACUGUAUCCGUCUUGUACAAUGUCAGUUUCUACUAUUCAAGGCCGGCUUCUUGAAGUCACUGUUGUUGAGUGUACUAAACUGAAAGACACUGAAUGGAUAUCAAGACAAGAUCCUUACGUUUGUGUUGAAUAUGGUAGCCAUAACUGUCGCACAAGAACCUGCACAGAUGGAGGCAAAAACCCUACAUUCCAAGAGAAGUUUAUGUUUACACUAAUUGAAGGGUUAAGAGAGAUAAGUGUUGGUGUUUGGAACAGCAAUACCCUAUCUCUUGAUGAUUUUAUCGGCAAGGGAAAGAUUCAAUUGCACAAAGUUCUUUCGCAGGGCUUUGACGAUACAACUUGGCCACUUCAAACUAAAACUGGAAGGUAUGCUGGAGAAGUAAAAUUGAUAAUGCACUAUGCAAAUGCCAACAAAGCAGCAACAGGCUAUGCUCCUUCAGCACCACCAUGUGUAUACCCUGAUCCUGGAGUCUCACAACGCUAUUUACCGCCACCUGCGCAUGGAACUCCUCAUGCACAACCACCGACAACCUACCCAGCUCCAUCUCCUUAUCCCUCAUACCCACCUAGUUCAGCAUUUCCACAAUCAGCGUAUCCCCCACCACAGCCUACUCCUUAUCCUCCUGCACCGUACCCAGCAUGUUCAGCAUAUCCCCCACCACAGCCUACUCCUUAUCCUCCUGCACCGUACCCAGCAUGUUCAGCAUAUCCUCCACCACCAUAUCCACCUCUACCACCAUAUCCACCUCCACCUCAAGCUUCACCCUACUAUCCUCGAGGUCCUUUUUUUGGAACCUAUCCUCCUCCACCAUACUAAAAUGAUGCUUCAGAUGUCAAGUGCGAAGAAGCAACACGUAGAAUGUGCUGAAAGUAAACUGGAUUUUGUUUUUUUAUUUAAAACAGAAGAAUCAGUCUACCGGUUGAUAACCAGUCGACUGGUUGAAUUAAAUGAGACAGUCGACCAGUUCAGAAAUAAUAGACUGGUUAAAAUGACAUAAUACGUUUCCUAUUCAGAUUAUGAUUUUCUUUAAGUAGUUAAAUUUCUUGUUUAUCUAGGAUUUAAGAUCUAUAAAUAGACUUGUAAUUAGAAGCAUAAUUAAUUUGUAAAGAGGAAUACACGAGAAAAUACUUAAUAAGAUUGUCUUCCUUUCAAA